ACUCCACUUUAAAAUAUUCUCUCUGCGUUUUCGUUGGAGUUUAAGGAGGAACUCACACUUGGCAAAUGGUGAAGGGAACUCACUGAAACCCCUGCAGCUGUUUUAUUUACUAACCGAACUCAAAUGAUGCGGAAAUCAACGUCUCUGAAGUUCAUUAAGGCAUUUCACGCGCGGCUGGACCGUAAUUGUCGGUGUGUUGUCUUCACAACUUGGAUUACGGAGACAAGCGUCAUCCCGGCGGUCAAGAAACAACGAGCCGGCGAUAUUUUUAGAUGGGAUUUAAUCGGAAGGAGAAGGUCGAGAUUUCCCUUGUAGUCGAAUCGCAGGGCGCCUAAGCAAAAGCGCAAACAGGAACUCCGUCCAAGACUCGAGCGGCAUAGAUAUUCAUUCAUGACGACAGACCAUAGAAAUAAAGAAAAAUAAGUAGUUAUCAACACAACAGCGAAAAUGUCCAUAAGGAUUCCACCGCAAGUAGUUGAUAUUCCAUGGAGGAACAACAACUUCAGCCUUAUGAGUAGAGAUCCCCCGUUGUCGGAUCAAGGAGAGACCAUCAUCGGCGUCUACCUGUUGGUACUAGGCUGGCUGUCAUGGUUCGGCAACAGUGUGGUGAUCUUUGUCCUUUUCCGGCAACGCUACAGCCUCCAGCCCACCGACUAUCUCACCCUCAACCUCGCCAUCUCCGACGCCAGCAUCUCCGUGUUCGGCUACUCUCGCGGCAUCAUCGAGAUCUUCAACAUCUUCCAGGACAAUGGCUUCCUAGUCAGCUCUGUAUGGACGUGCCAGGUGGAUGGCUUCUGCACGCUGCUCUUUGGCCUGAGCAGCAUCAACACUCUCACUGUCAUCAGCAUCACCAGAUACAUCAAAGGGUGCCACCCAAGUAAAGCCCACUGCAUCACCAACACCACCAUAGCCAUGUGUGUGAUGUUCAUCUGGAUGGGGUCGUGCUUCUGGUCUGCAGCGCCCCUGCUGGGCUGGGGAAGCUACACAGACCGUGGUUAUGGGACGUGCGAGAUCGACUGGGCCAAGGCCAACUACUCCACCAUCUACAAGUCCUACAUCAUCUCCAUCCUCAUCUUCUGCUUCUUCAUCCCCGUCGUAGUCAUGCUCUUCUCCUACGUCUCCAUUAUCAAGACCGUCAAGCGCGGCAACGCCAUGGCCUCCGAGGGCGACAUCACAGACCGUCAGCGCAAGAUUGAGAGGGACGUCACCAUCGUCUCCAUUGUGAUCUGCACGGCGUUCAUUCUGGCGUGGUCGCCGUACGCCGUGGUGUCCAUGUGGUCGGCGUGGGGCUUCCACGUGCCGAGCCUGACCAGCAUCUUCACGCGCCUCUUCGCCAAGUCGGCCAGCUUCUACAACCCGCUCAUCUACUUCGGCCUGAGUGCCAAGUUCCGCAAGGACGUCGGCAUUCUGCUGCCGUGCACUCGCGAGAGCAAGGACACGGUCAAGCUGAAGCGCUUCAAGAACCUCCGGGGCAAGCAGGAGGGUGGAGGCCGCGGGGGCGAACACCAACACAGGCGGAGGGACCAAGGUGAGAGGGCGGAGGCCCAGCAGGCUCGGGCUCCUCUCCCUCCGAAAGACAAGAAGGUGGAGGGGAGAGAGCCCCUGUAUCCGUCUCCGAGCCCCGAUUCAGGGGUGGGAAGCACCCCAAGGACCCCGCCGCGGGUGGAGGAGGACCCGCCGGUGUUCGUCAUCGACUUCCCCCACUCGGAGUCGCCCGGGUAUGAGAUCGACAGACUCUAAACCACUCGCCCAAGGUCGCAGGUGCUUUAAAGGGGAAAUAUGUGGUGUUUUUUGUUUGUCAAAAAAUGUGUCAUAUUCUUGGCCUCUUUCAGGCCUGUCCACAUAAUCAAGUGAAGCAAACCACCAGAUCUAACACAUGGGGAGACAAUGGGGACACUUCAGAAUCAUUGAAUGUUCAUUAGAAUGUUUAGAAUCAUUAUGGAACAUCUAGAAUCAUUUUCAUUUUUUGACAAUGAGAACUACUUAUAGUACCUUUUAAGUUCUACAUUUUGUUUUAAUUUUGGUGAAUUAUUUUGUGUGAUAUAUUUUUUACAUGUAUUCACAAUGUGUGUAUUGUAUUACCAAAAGAGAUUACCUAACAGCUGUAAGUGUUGAUGAAAAGAACAUUAUUUUUGUAAAGUAAAAAAGCUGUCAGUUUAUAUACUGCUUAUCUUUUCUAUGUGACUUUGUUCCUUGCAGGUGACUGUAAAUCUUUUCUAUGUCAUUGUAAAUAAAGUCCCUGCAAAGUGUAUAUUUCCAGGGGUGUCGUGAAGAGAAUAAACAUGCCUUUGUCUCACUUCCACUCUUGUGCUCUCCCCUGCAUUAAAACAAGUGUUCCAGAAA